AUGUCUGGAACCGUCGAGAUCAAGUCGCCUGCACAGCUGAGCUCCCUGCUCUCCUCUUCGCGCGUUGUUGUAGUUAAUUUCUACAAUGAAGAAAACACGUCGAGCAAAGCCAUUGCGCCCGUAUAUGAGCAACUAGCCGGCCAGCUCACACGGCCCGGGCAGGUCACCUUCACCAAAGUCAGCACAGUGCAGCAAGCACAAAUUGCACAGAGUUACAACGUCACCAACACCCCUACAUUUAUCAUCUACAAGAACAAUCAGCAGAUAAAGAAAUACGCCGGCUCGAAUCCCCAGCAACUCUCCGAAGCGAUCAAGACCCUCGCCGCAGAAGCAGAGAACGACGGAAAGGGAGGAAGCAGCGCCUCUGGUGCGGGUGGAAGUAGUAGCGGAAGUGGUGCAUGGAUAGGUGCCAGCCUACCGCGCGGAUACACGGAUGUGACCGACUCCGUAGACCCACGAGGUCUUGACCUCCUCAACGCGGACAGCGAUUUCGGCACCGUCAAGACGCUCUUCGAGACAUCACAACCUAGCUCGCUCAACAAGGGUAAGGGCGCGUCAACUGGCUCAGAAGGCAAGAAGGAUUGGGUAGAAAGUGAUGUGGACAACCAGCUUAUGCUGUACGUACCCUUCAUGGCCAACCUGAAGGUGCACACUAUUCAGAUCACGUCUUGUGUUUCCGGAAACGAAGACGACGACGACGAGGCGCCAGUACGGCCAAAGACCAUUCACGUCUGGACAAACCGGGCGAACAACUUGGGCUUCGAGGAGGCGGAGGAUAUCCCAGCGACUCAGACAAUCGAGCUGAAGCCAUCAGAUUGGGACGAGGCGACUCAGACGGCCAAGCUGGAACUGCGAUUCGUCAAGUUCCAGAACGUCUACUCAUUAGUACUAUUCGUCGCGGAUGCCGAGGGUGAUAGCGAGAAGACGCGCAUCGACCGUAUCCGGUUUAUUGGCGAAACUGGCGAGAAGCGUGAAAUCGGCAAGUUGGAGAAGAUUGGUCAGGACGACUAA